CACAUAAGAGGCGGUGUCUACAACAGCUACUAGAGCACGGGCGAUUGCGAGAGGCUUUCGACGACCUUCUUGACAUUCCGGUCUCUGGCACGAUAUGAAGCUGAGCAUCAUCAACAAGGUGAUCAGCAUGAAAUGUGACGAGGAGCUUUUGAGCUAUUUGGGUCAUGUUCGUACGAUUUGGAGGAAGAUCUUGGGCGGGAGCACUGUGGCGGUAGACAAGAUAGAUACCGAGACUGUGCAGGCCGUAGAGCUGACAUGCCCGAGAUAUUCGAGCGCGGACCGGCGAAGACUGCGACUGCUCCUUGAAAAGGGGCAGAUCUUCCGGGGUCUUGGCCAUCAGGAGCGGGAAGGGGUCUGGGGAAAUCUCAUGUCGAUAGACUGCAUCGUUCCUUCCCUGCGCUCGUUCUUUGAGGAUGCCAUGUAUCUCUGGCCUUGUGCGAACAACAUCCGGCAUGUCAUUGGCCUUUACGGCCGUAGCGAGACAAUCUACCAUGCCCUGCAACAAUGUUUUCGCCAAGAGGAUGACGAGCAUGGGAGCCGGUUGAUAGUCGAGAAUGGCGAAGCGGUCUUUGACACCAGGCCGGCGCCUUCGACUCCGGGAGAACUCUGCAGCCUUGGUCGGCGGCAGCUCUGGCUGUAUGCGAUGAGGCACCUUGCCCAGGUGGCGGCCCCGUUGACCAGCUCGGAGGAAUGGCGUGUGGCCAAUGUCGGACCAGAGAGAGCCGACGAAAGCGUCCUAUGCGGCUUUGCUUCCCUGGCCUACCGGUUAGGGUUUCGGAACGAUCAUAUUCUGGACUUCCAGCAGCGGUCUCCAGACGGGAGAUGGCGCGUGCGGUUCUGCUACAGGCACGGAAACAUGGCAUGUAUGAGUAUGAUGGUGAUUCUUUCGAGUCGUACCUCGACCAGAUCGAGAAGAUGAUGAACACUGCGAAACGGUGCAGGAGCGGGCCGCCGGACGAGACCCAAGCUUGGAGGGAUGGUGUGGAAACCCAACACCGGUGCGGGUGGCCGGGCAGCAACGAUCACCAGCUCGACAAGAAACACCCUUUCCUCGAUACAAUGGCACAAUCACACGGUCCGGUACAAGGUGUCACAUCGCUCUUUGUCCGAAGAUGUGUCUUUCUGGCAUUC